AUGAACCACCAACAUUCCCAACAACAACCACCUCAACCACCCCUUCCUCACUUCAACAAAUUACAACAACCACAUCAACACAAGCCUAUCAAAUAUGGUCCUCCUUCUAACAUAAAACCAAGGUCAUACAAUGUUGUUCUUGAACUUCUUGAAUCUCAAGCCAAUAAGAAAUUGACUGAGGAAUAUUCCACUGAAUAUACAGAUACAUUAGCUGCAUUAGAGCCAUUGGCCAUGAUAAACCCAGCCAUGAUAGACUUACAACCUGAAAUACAAUGGUUCAUGCGACCUUUCUUACUUGACUUUAUUAUAGAAUUACAUUCAUCAUUCAAGUUACAACCACAAACUUUAUUUCUUUGUUUAAAUAUCAUAGACAGAUAUUGUGCCAAAAGGAUAGUAUUCAAACGUCAUUAUCAAUUGGUUGGGUGUACUGCCUUUUGGAUAGCUGGGAAAUAUGAAGAUAAGAAACUGAGAGUACCUACUUUAAAAGAAUUAACAACUAUGUGUCGUAAUGCCUAUGAUGAAGAAAUGUUUAUUCAAAUGGAAAUGCAUAUUUUAAGUACUUUAGAAUGGUCCCUUUCUCAUCCAAAUUUAGAAGAAUGUUUACAAUUAGCAAUUAAACAUUCAAAAGUGGUAUCAAGUGAUGUAACUCCUUGCAAAUAUAAUAUUCAUAAAACUGGAACAUUAUCUGCUGUUAUUGCUGUUGGAAGAUUCCUUUGCGAGUUAUCAUUAUAUGAUAGAUUCUUCCUUACUGUUCCAACUUCAUUGGUAGCCAUUACUGCUAAUUUACUUGCUUGUUCUAUGUUGCAAAUACCUGAAGCUUCUAUUGCUUUGAAACAAUUGGUUGCUAAAGUAUUAGGUCCUCUUAAAAAAAGUGAAAGCCAAAAUAGAAACAUGAACAAUGGUUAUUUCCUGUAUUAUGCUGAUAAUGAUGAUGAUUCAACAAUAGAUGAAUCUGAAGAGGAAGAUGAUAGUUAUUUCGAAGAAUUCGAUGAUGAAGACAUCGAAAAUGUACAUCCACAAAUCCAUGGACCCUUCUUAAGUGGUUUAGAUAAGGAUUCGCUUUUAACAAUCAAAAAGAUUGCCAUUAUGUUAAUUCUUCAAUUAAAUAAAGUCACAGAAGUUUUGGUUAAGAAAUAUGAUGUAUUGGGAGUAAUUCAAGUUAUUAAUAAUUUCCACACUCGUAAUUCAUUCUUCAUUCAACAACUUCAACAACAUACAUCCAUAUCAGAACUCCCAGAAUCAUUCAAUCCAGAUAUGAUCCAUAUAGCUGAGAUAUUAUUGCAAUUAUCUUCAGAUCAAGAUCUGGAUGAUGAGAAUGAUGAAUUCGAUCCAGCAUCACCAUAUAUUUUCCAACAAUCAACAUUAGCUCCUCAAACUCCUCCAUCGGCUACAUCUCAAUAUUCCGUAUUUUCAAAACGUAGUGUAAGUGGUGGAUCUUCAAAUAGUAGUACCCCUACUUAUUCUAUACCCAAUAGUCAAGGAAUAACCAAGAUGAGAAUAUGUAAAAAACGCGAUUUCUCACCUAUGAAAUCUUAUUGUUCUCCAAUACAAAGAUAA